AUGACCGUUGGUGCAAAAGUCAGCGAUUUCCUGCGCAGGAAAGAGCCCACCAACCACAGCAUCUUUGGGGUAACAGAAGUCAAUGAGCGUGCAGGGGCAGCCCUCUCAUGUGGACAAGGCACAUUGCUGGAUGGUCAGGACCAGGCAAAUGGGACAAAAUAUUCACGAUCUUUAAACCCACAUUUUUCUGCUUCAUUUUCCUGGGCAGCAACAGCUUGCAAUGAAGAGUCUGGGGCCCUGAUUCAGAAUAUUUCACCAGCAAAUAAACAGAAGCCCUGCCCUCUGUUCUACUUCAGCUUAGCCAUUGUCCAGCAGACACCAACGAGUGCCAUUCCACGGCUUAAUCCACCCCCGCUGAGUACCAAAAAGCGCACUCCAAGAGCUCUGAAAACCACUCAAGAUAUGCUGAUUGCUUCCCAACCACAGAUGGAGGCCACAGAAACCUCACUUCCUGAGGAAGGCCGGGAACUUCAGUGCCCACCCACCAAGACAGAGGCAGCUUUUAGAGAGGUUAAUUCAUUGACCCAGGUGGAAGUUGGAACCAGCUGUAACAGGGCAUUGGAUGUGCCUGAUCUCAUUCAUAAGGAGAACGUGGAGCCCAAACAAAGUGCAACUCACAGUAUAUCUUCUUCCACUCACCCAGAAAAUGUGGCUCUCAGACUCAGUUUAAGUGCUAGCAAAAGCCUUCCUGAACACCAAAGCUGUAUGGACCCUUCAGAAGCAAAGGCACUGACCUUGGAAAGUGAAGGUCAUAGCCCAGACUUGUUGUCUUUUGAGUAAAACUGUCUUUCAUCUGCA